AGGCGGCCCCAGCCCGGCCCAGCCCAGCCCAGCCCAGCCCGGCCCGGCCCGGCCCCGGCGGCUCCAGCCAUGGCCCCGCCGCCCUCAGCGCUCUGCCUGUUCGACGUGGACGGCACCCUGACGGCCCCGCGCCAGAGAAUCUCGGCGGAGAUGGCGGCGUUCGUGCAGCGGCUGCGGCAGAAGCUGAAGGUGGGAGUGGUGGGCGGCUCGGACCUGGCCAAGAUCCGCGAGCAGCUGGGCGAGGACGUGAUUGAAAAAUACGACUAUGUGUUCGCAGAAAAUGGCCUGGUAGCAUACAAAGAUGGGAAGUUCUUGAGCAAGCAGAGCAUUCAGGGCCACUUGGGCGAGGACAUCCUUCAAGAUGUCAUCAACUACUGCCUGAGUUACAUUGCAAAGAUUAAACUUCCAAAGAAGAGAGGCACUUUCAUUGAGUUCAGAAAUGGGAUGUUAAAUGUGUCCCCCAUUGGAAGAAGCUGCAGCCAGGAAGAACGACUUGAGUUCUAUGAACUUGAUAAAAAGGAGCAUAUAAGAGAGAAAUUUGUAGCUGAUCUACAAAGAGAAUUUGCAGGCAAAGGCCUCACAUUUUCUAUAGGAGGGCAGAUAAGCAUUGAUGUGUUCCCAGAUGGCUGGGAUAAAAGGUACUGCUUAGGAAUUGUUGCCAAGGAUGGAUACAAGACUAUUUAUUUCUUUGGAGACAAGACCAUGCCAGGAGGGAAUGACUAUGAAAUUUUCACAGACUCCAGGACAGAAGGCCACAGUGUCACAUCCCCACAGGACACAAGAAGAAUCUGUGAAGAGCUGUUUUUUAAAUAAAAGACUUUCAGAGUUCACACUUCCAAGACAGUUAAAACAGCAAAAUAACUUGAAACAUCAUCUUCAUACUGUAUUGUUUUUUUGUAAUUGGUCAUGAAUAGCAGGUGCUUUGCAGGUCAGUCAUUACUGAAGGGAAAUGUUUUAAUUGAAGACCUCUUCCUGACUGGGGGAACACAGCGAAACUCAUUUAGCACCAUCUUUUCAGUUCCCAGUUGCAUAAGUACAUUGUUUUCUUUUUGCUUGGUUAUGGAGUUUGGGUUGGGUUGUAUUUUGGAUUGGUUUUUAAGAUACCUGUAAACUUCCUUAACUAUUAUGAUUUAGGGAGGGAAGGGGAGGUAUAAUCUGCCUCUAGUUGAUUCAUGGUCUCAAAAUUGGCCUGCAAGUCUUAAUCCCUAGUUUUUUAUGUUGAGGCUGUUUUUUAAAAGAUGCAGUUUUGGGGUUUUUUUAAAAUACUUACCUUGUUCUAUAUUAAUUAACAUAAAUUAUAAGACAGUUGGGAUUUUCUUGUCUAAAACUGGAAGAUGAGUAGUAGGGAAAGGUUUUAUUUCUUCCUGGGGUUGGGAAGAUGGCACUGAACCAGAAGUCCCUGACUGCCAUCCCUGGGAAUUCUGGAUCAGCUGGUGCCAAAAUUCCCUCCUCAGGAUGGACAUGGUGCCAAGGCACAGUCAGGUCAUGAUUCCUACACUCUUGCAGAUCAAAUCUCUGAAGUCAUUUGUAAAAAUUAAUUAAAAUAACUUCAGCACAUUAGCAAAAUAUAUUUCUGCUACUUUCUGAUCAUUUUUUGAGAUUCCUGCUUAAGGCAUUAAGGGUAGGUGAGAUUUUUCAUGCUACAGAAAUGACCUAAAUUAUGUUUCUAUUAAAAUUCAGAUCAAAUGCCUGAUACUCUGUGUAACUGUUAAUACUGCUUUUCUCAUCUGGCAUUGGGAAAGUAAUCUUGAGCAUGAAUGGUUUGAUUUAGUAAAGGAGAAUAAAAUCUGAUUUUAUCAUGAAAAAAUACUGUUUCAAUUUGUCUAUUUUGGUUAAUAAAAUACUUAAAGCAGA